CUAAGGUUCUAGUGACCACGUUGAAACACAUUCGUUUACGAUCUAACGUGUUGCGGGUUUUCAGUUCCAUAGCUAAAACGAUUAUGACGAGAACAUUUAACAGUGUUUUUAUUAGUUUUUCAAAUCGAUCAUCUUUAGUUUUAUCACGUAAACAUAGUGCUGUGAAGGAACUACCAUGCCAAAGUUGCUAGCUCAUCGGCCUGGCUCAGGUUUGAGCCUCGUCAAAAGUGAUCGUCCUGGCUUCCUGAACAAAGUCAAGAAGGGAGGAGUUGAUGAUUCAAGACCAAAGAAAAAACUAUCAAUAGGAAAUGCAGCUGAGAAGAAGAAACAGAAGAGCUUGAGUUCUGGCGCCAGUCAGGGCCUGGUGUUCAAUACGGGCAUUGGCCAGCACAUCCUCAAGAACCCGCUGGUCAUCAACAGCAUGAUUGAGAAGGCGGCCCUCAAGACCACAGACAAUGUCUUGGAGGUGGGUCCAGGUACGGGCAACAUGACAGCCAAGCUGCUGGAGCGCAGCAAGCGAGUCAUAGCAUGUGAGGUUGACACUCGCAUGGUGGCGGAGUUGCACAAGCGCUUCCAAGGCACGCCGCUCUACAGCAAGCUGGACAUCCGCAUCGGCGAUGUGCUCAAGGCAACCCUGCCUGCCUUUGAUGUUUGUGUGGCCAACCUCCCGUACCAGAUCUCGUCGCCGUUCGUUUUCAAGCUACUUCUACAUCGACCCAUCUUCCGGUGUGCGGUGCUGAUGUUCCAGCAGGAAUUUGCUCAACGUCUCGUAGCUAAGCCUGGCAGCAAACUAUACUGCCGACUCACAGUCAACACGCAACUCCUCGCUAAAGUGGACCACCUCAUGAAAGUCGGCAAGAAUAACUUCAAACCUCCGCCCAAGGUGGAGUCGUCGGUGGUAAGGAUCGAGCCCCGUAACCCGCUACCCAACAUCAACUUCCAGGAGUGGGACGGCCUCCUGCGCAUCGCUUUCGUUAGGAAGAGCAAGACGCUACUGGCUGCCUUCAAGCAGACUGCUGUCAUGAAGACUCUGCUGACGAACUACCGCGUGUGGUGCGCGAAGCACAACCGCAAGUUUCCUGAAGACUUCGACAUGAAGGCGAAGGUCGAGGCGGUGCUGGAGGAGUGCGGCAUGCUGCAGAGCAGAGCGCGCUCCAUGGAACAAGAAGACUUCAUGAAGCUCUUACUCGCCUUCAAUAAAGCUGGCAUUCACUUCAGUUAACCAAUGUACAUUGUAGAACUGAGCUAUUUUUUAAUGUUGUAGUUGAAGUUGUUGUUUUGUUGUAAUUCGUAACGAUUUAUGUGAUCAAAACCUCUGAGUAAUAUCUUUUGAUGUAGCUUCCCUCUUUUGGUAGGUGCUUAUGAAGGUAUGAUGCGUAACCCAAUGCUCGUUUUUAUUUGUAUAAAUCAAAUUGUUCGUUAGUCGGAACGUUGAAUGUGGAUUUCGGUCGAGAUAAUUAAGGGUAAGAAUAUAUCACUAUUCGCAGAACGCGCUGGCGGUCGGGUAAUAAUGUUGUAUGCAGUCAGGUUAUUCAGUGUAUAUUGUUAGCUGAAGUUGACGCACAUUAUGAAAUGAGGCAGGAUUAAUACGCGUUGUUGUCUGGGUUACUGAAUAGAUCUAUAAGCUGUUGCGUAGAUAUCGUGCAGCCUUACUUCAAUGGCUUUUACAAAUCACGGACAAUUGGGAACUCACGUUGGUGUAGUUUUGUUUCUAUUUUACGUUCGUAUAACUAACAAAUGGUGCUCUGAUAUUUUUAACAUUUUGGCGUUUGUACGAAAUAGCUGCUUCUACUAACUCCACUUCAGACUUUUUUAAUGGUGUGUUAGUCCAUGUUUCCUGAUGUAUUUUUUGUGAUUGAUUCUUGAGUCUCCGCAAUAAUGUUUCUUUGCCGCUAGCAGGUAGGUUUCUCGUAAUAUAUCUAAUGCUGGUUAUGGAUGGGAGUGUUAUGUCAUGAAUCUUCUUCAAAACGGCAACCAUUAACAAAUUCGAAAUGAGCAUGAAGUUUCCAGUACUUCAUAUGCUUGAGUUAGGGCGUCGAAGCAUCUGUAAUCGAGCUACGUCCUAUGCUGUGUUGGUUCUCUCGGCACAUUGAUCCCUAACAAGAUAAUAGUAUUGGCGUUAGUGAUCAAGGCUAAGCUAGAAACUUGUCAGUUCUAAGCAAUGCCAAAUUUUUACAGCUUUUUAGGGUAGGACCCGAACGCGCUACUCACUGCUCCAAACUUGCUUCUCCUAAUUUCUAUUUAGGUAUAUUAACAGUCGUAGAUUUUCUUCCGUUCUAUGUUUUCCAAGUGACCACCAUGCUCAAUUUGGCAAUUAUUUGAAAUAUCCUACAACUUUCGCAACACAUCUUCAACCUAACAGCCGAGUAGCCCCUAGACGCUAGCGCCGCCGCCUGUUGGGGUGAAUUUGUUGACAAGAAAUACGUGGUCUCAAUGCUCGAAGGUUGAGAUCUCACUUUUUUUUUGUAACUUAUUUGAUUCGUCGAGUUCCUAUUUACCAGGUCGUCUUAAUCAUCGACAGCUGUUAGAUUAUGCGUGGUGUGUGGUUGGUGUCUCCGUAGCUAAUUUAAUGUAGUUGCUAAUAUUUCCCGAAGUUGUGCUGCCACUAACAACCUCCUAUAAGGGAAGUCGAGAUAUUUAUCUCGUGUUAUGUCUUCCAAUCGCGUGAGAUUAAUGUUAAUUGAGUUAGCGUGUGGAAUGCCUUCGGUUUUUGUUGGAUUCUGCAUUUUCGCAGCUACAAAAUUUCCCAGUUGUGUGAUAUCAUAUUUUUUAUUUCGUGUUACUGCCUAUAUUUUGCCCCGUUUCCCAAGACUACAUUAAUGCUCAUAAUUUGUUGCUAGCUAUGCUCCAACGAUUUCUUGUAAAUUCAUCUUCCAGUGUAUAAACUUAUUUAUUCUGAAAUUGGUAUUUAUUCUAAUAUUUAUUGUUUA